AUGUAGUGUAAAUUGUUAAUUUUAUUGACAAUUCUAACUCUUUCAUUUUAAUUUGAUGAGGAUAUUGAUGUACAUGAUGAGAUAGAGAAGGUUAUUAUUAUUAUUAAUAUUGUAGUUAAAAUAAAGUUAAUUUGGAUAAACAAUCUUAGACACUGUUUAAAUAUAAUUAUCUGGGCCUGAACCAUUAUAGAAUUUGAUAAAUAUGCUAUAGAAUUUGAAUACUCAAUUAGAAGGAGAACAAGACAGAGAUGAUAGAUUACAUGAGAGAUAUUAAUCAUAAUGUGAAAACGUAUAAUCUUGCAAUUCAUUUCUUUAAAGGAUUUGAGCGCCUUGGAAGAUAUCAUAAAUGAAUCAACAAGUACAUCAAAAUUGCUUAAGGGAUAGAUUGACUAAUUAGAACCAGAUAAAUAAGCUAAAUUGACAGAUUUAGCAAGAACAGAAAAUGAAUUAAAAGAACUCAAAAACGAAUUAGAAUAUUAAACUGAUAAAAGAAAAGAAGAAUAAGUUAGAUAUGAAAAAACUUUAGAUAAUUUAGAAUAAGGUUUAUAUGCUUUAAAUGAAGCCAAGAAAAUGUUUAAUACAUUUCUUAAUGUUCUUAUUAAAAACUAAUAAAGAUUUGCUAGUCUUAUUCAAUUAGAAAAUUAAGACAAAUUUUUAAAUAAAAAUUACUAAACUAAUGAUGAAGAUGAAUUAACAUUAGUUGAAAUAGCUUAAUAGAUUAAUAAAAUUAAACAUAAUGUAAAAGCAGAAGGAAUCAACUUUUUAUUACAUGGAAUUUCUCAUAUUGUGAAUCUCUUAUCUAAAGAUCCAACAGCAGAAUAAGAAUCAAUGAGUAGAAAAGUUUUAGAAAUUAUUUCAUAAGUAGACAAUUGGAUUUAAAAAUAAAGAAUUUAUGAAGAUUUAUCUGAACAAUAACGUAAAGAUGCUUUUGGAUCUUUAGCAUAAAUGUUGGAAGAUUAAAUUAUAUUAAAAUAAGAAAAUCUAACAUUCCUAUAAGGUAUUUGAUUUAUAGAAAUAAUCAUUUAGGAUCAAUUGAAUCUCUAAAUUCUUAAAUCACAAGUGCCAAAAAUGAAAAAGCAGAAGUAGAUGUGAAAAUAGAAACUAAAACAUCUUAAAAUGAUGAUCGUGAUACUGAAUGUAGAAAUGAAGAUUUGGAUUAUUAAAGUAGCAAAAAUAAGAGAGAUAAAGAAAGAGAAGAAUUAGGACUUGUAUUAGAUUUAGUAAUCAAUAAAAUUGGAUAACUCAAAAAGGAAAUAUUAUAAAAAUGA